AAAGCCUCGUCUUUCAUUUCCCUCCUUCCACGUUCCACUCUUUGUCGAUAAGAUAACAUUUUUACCGUUUUUGUACCAAAGUUUUUUAUGCCUCCGAGGUGACAUGUGACGAACUCAUUCGGGAAUAUAACAAAGUUUUGCAUUUCAAGCCAACAUGAAUUCUGUUAUACCAUGCUCUGUUGGCAAUGUUCCACUUGUUCCUGAAACUUGCUUUUUGAGAAGGAAAAGUAAUUCUUUAACAACACCAAGUUUGUCAAGGAGCUCUGUAAAACAUGGAUCAUCAACUCUUGUGAGAUUUUUGUUUCCUCCAUUUGUUGCCAGUGGACUAUUUCCACAUAACAAAAGGAGAUACUGAUUCAUAAAAAAAUAUGUAGAACCUCUGCCACUUCAAAAACAACCACAGAAACAGAAGUAGCAGUGGAGGAACUAGACUCAUCUCCUAAGUAUGACGCCAGACGACCAAGAUCUGCUAGGAGAAGUGAGAUGGCUCCUGUAAAGAAUGAAGAUUUGAUUCCUGGGGCAACUUUUACUGGGAAAGUAAAAUCUAUUCAACUAUUUGGUGCCUUUAUUGAUUUUGGAGGUUUCACGGAUGGCCUUGUUCAUGUUUCUCAGUUGAGUGACGGCUAUGUAAAAGAUGUUGCUAGUGUUGUUUCUGUAGGACAAGAAGUGAAGGUGAAGCUAAUUGAAGUCAACACUGAAACUCAGCGAAUUUCUCUCUCUAUGCGUGAAAAUAAUAAUGACACUGUUAAGCCCGGUCCAAGGAAAGAUGAGGUGAAGAAAAACACGAAAUUUGUUGAAGGGCAGGACCUUAAGGGUACAUUGAAGAAUUUGGCAAGGUCUGGUUCUUUUAUAUCACUUCCUGAUGGGGAGGAAGAAUUUCUGCCCAUAUCUGAGGAAUCUGAUGAGGGAUUUGAGAAUUUUACAGGAAUUUCAUCAUUGCAGGUUGGUCAACAAGUCAGUGUACAAGUUUUGCGUAUCAAUAGAGGGCAACUGACAUUGACUAUGAAGAAAGAAGAUGUUGCAGCAUUGGACUCUGAAAUAGGCCAAGGGGUUGUCCAUGUUGCAACAAACCCUUUUGCAUUGGCUUUUCGCAAAAAUAAGGAUAUUGCUACAUUUUUGGAAGAGGGGAAGAAAAUACAUAAUACAGUUGAAAUAUCAUCGGCAGCUAGAACUUCAAAAGAAAUUGUCAAGCAAGGGGAAAUUGUAUCAGAUGUUUCUGAUGCACAGGGUGAACCUGAAAGCAGCAAGGGUUUGGUUGACGAUGCUUCCUUCUGAAGUACAAAAAUAAUGGCACAAGAUGAAAUUUCUGAGAAAGAGGUAGGUAGAUAUGGAGGCCAAAUACAGUAGAUGCUUGGAAAUGAAAAUGGAUUCAAUGAUUUGAGAAAGAAAAAUCAGUGACUUUCCUA